AUGUUAAAUGUAGAAAGUAUACAUCCAAUUAAUGAAAAUAUUUCUACUUCAUCUCAAAUUGAAAAUAUUGAUAAUACAUCUGAAAAUGAAGAGAUUAUUAUAGCUAUGUCUCAAAAUGAUAAUAUUGCAGAAAUAAGUAUCGAAUUACAAUCAGCCACAGAAUUAAAUGAAGUCGAACAAGAACUUUUGAGAAAAUUUUGCACUAAAAUGAAUGAUGAUUCAAAUAUUGAAAAUGAAGAUGAAAUUACACAUUUCUUUGUACUUUUUCUUCCACCAACUGAUCAUGAGAAUGUUGCAAUUAAUAAUGCUCUUAAUCAUCUGGAAACUGAACGUGAUCGAUUUUUAAAUGCUAUGUUCAUAUUACUAAAAUGGUCUGAAGUUGAUGCAGUUAACUUAAAUAAACUUGAAUCUUUAAAGAAUCCUGUUGUCAAAGUUCUUGCUAAACAUACUGGUGAUCAAGAAGCUAAAAAAGCUGAUUCUAAUAUUGUUAAAGGUCUUGAAACACAACUUUUAUUAGCUAAAGAUGCUUGA